CAGCUUUAUUCAUUAUUAUUUGUCCUCUAUUUCAGAUCACCCAAUUCAUCAGCGAACCUCUUUAAUUUCCCUCCAUUCUUCCUACCUUCAUACAAAUUUUACAACAUAACCAAAGAAAAGGUAAGCAAAUUAAGACAUAAGGGUGGUUAUGGAGAGCUCAUCAACCCCUCUCAUAUUGCUUCGCAACCUCGUUGUGGCUCCGCUGUUUUUUUCAGCAGACAAAUCUUUCAUGUUUCUCUUCCAUAAAACAAAACUUGUCCGAAUCCUACGUUUUUUUGCCUUUAUCUUCCUUUUCAUCCUCAACCUUGUUUAUUCUCUUCCUUUGAGUUAUCUCCCCUUCUCCUCUAGGAUUUUAGUUAAACACAGUAAAUAUGAGCAGCAGCUGGUAGAUAGCAGCAGCAGCACUGCUACUGGCCGAGGUGGUGACACAGCCAUUGCUCGGGCUAUCUACCAGCUGCUCUCUCUUGUAAACAACAUCCCCACUAGCUCAAGGAAGUAUGAAGUUGUACGUUCCUUGGCGGAGAGGCUGAUCAACGAGAAUCUUAAGGAAGGGUCUGAAGCCCUAAGACAGGUCAACUGUCUUGUUCUAUCUGAAGCAUUUGACAAGACACUUUCCCAACUAGAAGCCACAUUGUUGGACCAACAAAAUAAGUUUUCCCUUGGUCUAGGUAAAGGUGACUUUGGGCUCGGUAGAGUUGUAAGGGCAGCCAAGGGAUGGUAUCAAGUGAGAGAGGACGAUGAUGAGCCUGCCAUGGAAAAGAUGGCAGCCGAGUUGUUAUGGUUAGCCCAUAAAAUGGAGGAAAGUGGCGGCGGAGCGGUGGUGGUGGAGAAAUGGGCUUGGGUUAGAAGGUUGGGAUGGUUAGCUUUAACAACUGAGCCAAGGGUUCAAGCUUCAUUGGUCAAGCUCACAGCAUUCUUGAUCAAGCAUGCCAAGGAUAUGGGUAAAGAGCAACAAACUGAAGGAGGCAAAACAGAGCAGCAAAUGCAAACUAAAAUGAAGAUGUUAACUACAUGGCUUCCUUUACUGUGUCAAGCCAGCAACGGGACUGAUGCACCAACCCUUAGCACCAGUGAACGAGGAGAGAUUGAGAGUGCACUGGAAGAAAUAAUAGACAUGAUCGAGGAAGAAGACAACCGGGAGAAAGUAUUGUCUUUGUGGUUCCACCAUUUCACUCAGUGUUCCUCCUCAGAUUGGCCUAACCUCUAUGGCUCCUACUUAAGGUGGUGUGACAUAUCUCGCAAGCUUUUGCUCACAGCAGAACAGAUGAAAGUGCAUUGAUGUAAAUUGUGAUAUAGAAACUCUACAGCAAUGUGUACUUGGAGUCUAGGAGUAUGUUAGAUUGUUAGGCAUUCAAAACACUAGCUUAAUAUUGUUUUUUCUAGUUCUUAUAUUAGAUCUUCAAGUCAAUUUUAACUCAGCUUAUUAAUCCAGAAGCAGUAUUUUAUUUCUUUGAAGACCA